CCAUCACAUUACUUCCCCGCCGCAUCUCCAAAACCUCGAGAAUCAGAGAAACAAGCCGGAGAAGAAAAAAUGGUGUCAGGUUCCGGCGCAUGCGCAAAGAGAGUCGUGGUGGACGCUCGCCACCACAUGCUCGGUCGCUUAGCAUCGAUCGUAGCGAAGGAGCUUCUGAACGGACAGAAAGUUGUGGUUGUUAGAUGCGAAGAGAUUUGCAUCUCCGGUGGCCUCGUCAGGCAGAAAAUGAAGUAUAUGAGGUUUCUGAGGAAGCGGAUGAACACUAAGCCUUCUCAUGGUCCCAUUCAUUUCCGUGCUCCGUCGAAGAUUUUCUGGAGGACUCUUCGAGGAAUGAUCCCACAUAAGACAAAGCGUGGGGAAGCUGCUCUUGCUCGUUUGAAGGUUUAUGAAGGUAUUCCACCUCCAUAUGACAAGAUCAAGAGAAUGGUCGUCCCGGAUGCACUUAAGGUAUUGAGGCUUCAGAAGGGACACAAAUAUUGUCAUCUUGGCCAACUGUCAUCUGAAGUUGGCUGGAAUUAUUAUGAUACCAUUAAGGAAUUGGAAAAGAAGAGAAAGGAAAGAUCAGCAUUGGUUUAUGAAAGAAAGAAGCAGCUCAAUAAGUUAAGGGUGAAAGCUGAGAAAAUUGUGGAAGAGAAGCUUGGCACCCAACUCGAAAUUCUUGCUCCUGUCAAGUACUGAGUUGGUUUUGGUAGCAUUUUGAUAUUUUGUUUUUCAAACAUAUCCAGUUGAAUUCUAUUUAUGUUUAGUUCUCCGUGUUGUUGGAUACUAGAUGCUAGAUAUGAUUAUCUCAGAAGUUGUUUUUGUGGUUUGCUCAUUAAGAUGUUUAUUACAGAGAAAUUACUUUGAGUGAAUUUUGAAGUUCAUUAUUA